AAUUCCCAGUAUCUCCACCUCCAUAAACACUCUCGCUCCCUUGCUUGCAGAUAGCAAGAUACCAGAUUCUUCCACCCUUCAUGAUCAGCAACCUAAGUUGAACCAAGUUGGAACCUUGAGACGGGUGGGGAGGGCUUUGGGAAAGAAGAGGGCUAUCCUUGCUGUAUGACCCAUCAUCAGAUAUAUCAAAGAAACUGAGCAAACUUUAAGAAUGAUGAUGAUGGAUCAAUAAAUAAUACAUUGGAGAUCACCUUCUGACUUGUCUUCCUUUUUUUUUCCUUUUUGUGGUCCCAUGUGGAUGUAAUCAAAGUUGAUAUUCUCUGCGGUUUGCUGAGGGGAGCUUAUGGAAUGGAAGACUAGCUUAAUGGACAGUCAAGAUUCUAAUUAAAUUUUUAAUGUGGAUUUCAUUUGUUGGUUUCUUUGGGAAGUGGAUAUUUUCUGAAAUAGUUUAACACCCAAUUGUGAUUAAACCUACUCAAUACCAACUUCAUAUUCAUUGCUGUAAGCAUUCCCCUUCUGAAGGACUUUUCUUAGAAUAUCAGGCAUCAUGAAGUAUUGCAAUGGUUUCCUAAAUUGGGUAUUAUUUUUCUUGUAAGUGAUGAUGGAGCAUGUUUCUUACUUUACCUGUAGCAUUGAUGUUAAAGUUCUGCUUUGUCUUCAUGUAAAUAAUGCUGAUGAACCUUACUUUACUUGUAGCGUUGAUGUUCACUUCACUGAGCUUCCUCCUGAUUCUCUUUCUGCAGGGCUUUAGACAUCAUUGGUCUUUGCAAAUCACAUCUAGGUUUCCCUAAAUUUAUUUGGAAAAUGAAACUAAGAAUUAUUCUCCUUUGAUAGGCGAGAGAGAGUUGUUGUGGCUAUUCAUUCUCUUAAGUUCUGUUAGGCCUAGCUUCCUGUAAGCAACUUCGCAAGCAGGGAAUUCAUCUAAGUGAAGCUGUGUUGCUUCCUUUGACCUGAAGGUUGGAAUCAAACAAAGCUAGGAGUACAUUCCUGGGGCACUAGUUUGAAUCAUAGAAUGAAUGCAUUGACCCCUCUAAGGGUGUUUAGGGGUACUAUAUGUUUGCUGGUACUGCUUUUAACAGCUUUUAUGAUGAUACUCUUUUGUGGCUUUCCAAGUGCUAUCAUAUUGCGACUUUUUAGCAUACACUACAGUCGGAAAGCAACCUCUUUCUUCUUUGGUGCUUGGCUAUCAUUGUGGCCUUUUCUAUUUGAAAAAAUAAACAAAACUGAAGUCAUUUUUUCAGGAGAUACUGUUCCUGAAAGGGAACGUGUCUUACUCAUCUCUAACCACAGAACUGAGGUUGACUGGAUGUAUUUGUGGGACCUUGCAUUGCGGAAAGGUUGUUUAGGAUACAUAAAGUAUAUUCUUAAGAGCAGCUUGAUGAAAUUACCUGUAUUUGGUUGGGGGUUCUAUAUUUUGGAAUUUAUCCCUGUGGAGCGGAGGUGGGAGGUUGAUGAACAAAACAUGCGCCGUGUGCUUUCAACUUUUAAAGAUCCUCUGGAUCCCCUUUGGCUUGUUCUUUUCCCAGAAGGCACUGAUUUCACUGAACAGAAGUGCAUAAGAAGCCAAAAGUAUGCUGCUGAAAAUGGCUUACCCAUCCUGAAAAAUGUGUUACUUCCAAAGUCAAAGGGCUUUUGUGCUUGCAUAGAAGAAUUGAGGGGCUCUUUGGAUGCAGUUUACGAUGUGACCAUUGGGUAUAAGCAUCGCUGUCCAUCAUUCUUGGACAAUGUAUUUGGAGUGGAUCCUUCUGAAGUUCAUAUUCACAUCCGAAGAGUUACACUUGAUGACAUCCCAACACCCGAAAGGGAGGUUACUACUUGGCUGAUGGAUACUUUUCGUCUUAAAGAUGAACUGCUUUCUAAGUUUUAUUCUGAAGGCAACUUCCCUCAGCAAGGAACAGAAGCACACCUCUCAACGGUGAAGUGUCUUCUAAACUCUAUAGCAAUACUCAUCUUGACAAGCACCUGUACUUUUUUCACAUGUUUUUCAUCCGUCUGGUUUAAAAUUUACGUAUCUCUAGCUUGUGCCUUUCUGACUUCAGCAUCAUAUUUCAACAUCCGUCCCAUACCAUUCCUUGGCUUUCGAAAAGCUUGCCUGUAACCACAAUCUUCCGCAGAAACAGGCAGUUUUGACAACUUUUCAACGUUAAGCAGCACCACAAAUCACUUGCUGCAUACACAAUCUUCUGAUGUUGCUUUUUUGAGCCAUGUCGGUAUGCCUGUCAUCUAGUUACAUCUCCAUGCUAUAUGUGUAUGUAAUCUAAGAAGAGCAAUGAUGGUUCAUCUUAUUGUAUAUUAUCAGAAAUAAAGAGUUGCAGAAUGUUGCGAAUUUGGUUAUGCUGCUCGUGACUAUUGUAUAAUCGUAUCAAGUUACAAUU